AUGCUCAACCACCGAGCACUUCCUAGCCAAAAUCCAACCUACCGAACGGUAGGUACUGAGCAAUCGAAUGAAGGGCUACGCACCGGAGGUGUCGAAAGCAACCUUGUCCAACCUCCUUACUGUUACGGGCCGAAGCUCAACUCUCCAGCACUCUUGCUCCUCCCAAGCCAAGACCCGACACUAGGAAUUUUCGAACCUUGGAGGAACCUGCCGACAGUCGGAAUGCCCAGCUCAAGACUCUAUCGCAGCUGUGAACCAAGGAGGUCAGCUCUGUUGCCAAACAGCUCCCACGAUCUGGUAUUUCUUCUCCUCACAGCUGUCUCGGAGCCCAGCUCCAACUUCACGCCAAAACUGCUGAGUUGCCGAAGACCAGGAACUCGAAAGUCCUAG